UCUAGCACGUUUUGUUUUUGAUAAACAAAAAGAAAUUGGUUUUUUGUUUUGUUUUUUUUUUUUGUGAGAGAGAACUUGUAGGAGAUUUCCAAGAUGUCAUCAUGGAAAAAAGCCUCAAAGAGCAACCAGAAGGUGCAUCGUGAGCGCCACCAGCCGGAGUCUCGGCAGCAUUUGGGGCUGCUGGAGAAGAAGAAGGAUUACAAGAAACGCGCCAUAGAUGCCCAACGUAAGGAGAAGACUCUCAAGCUGCUGCAUAAGCGUGCCCAGAAUAAGAACCCCGAUGAGUUCUACCAUCAUAUGAUAAAUUCCAAACUCUCUGACGACGUGCACCAUGAGAAGGAUGCCAAAGAUGAGCAUACGCCUGAACAACUGGCUCUUAUGCAGACACAGGAUCUCAAAUAUGUAAUGAUGAAACGCACUGUGGAACGCCGCAAAAUCGAUCGUCUGAAGGUGUCUAUUGUGGAUGUGAAUGCCGAAUCCACUGAUAACAAACGAUUCACUUUCGAUAGAAGAGGGAAACGGAAACAACUGACACUUGGCGAGCGUCUCGCAGGUGCAGAGGACAAGACUCAAGAUAAGGCAAUCACCUCCUCUUCGAAUGACCCGAAGCAACAGCGAAAAAAUGAGCUUAAAAAGCGCCUAGAACGAGAGCACGAACUAUCCAUUGUCCAACAGAAAUUGCAGCUUAAGAAUAUCCUUAAGCAGCCACGUCUCCUCAAGCCCAAGAAAAUCAAGCCGGGAACUAAGACAAGUGCGCCAGUCUAUCGAUUCCGUUACGAGCGUAAAAAGUAAAUGAGUUUUUUUUUUCAUUUUUAAAUUUUAU